CGGGUGCGUGCGUGAGCGUGCGCGCCCCCGCCGCCUCUGCCGGUGCUGGUCCCGCGCCCUCUGCCACUGCCCCCACCGCCGUCUCCGCUGCCGCCGCCGCCGCCGGGUCCCAAGGCGCAGCCCCGGCUGAGGAGCGCGUCGGCCGGCUGCCCAGCAGCGCCGCGCAGGGAGGAGCGGAGCCGGCGGGCGGGCGGGCAGGCGGACAGGCAAAGACUAGUCACCAACUCAGCACAGCUGGCCUGUUCCUGGACCUUGAGGCUGGCGGCAGAGGACACCUGGUUCCCCCGUGACACUGUAGUGGAGCCUCCUCACGGCGUUGAGCCUGGAGCUGUGUGCCCGUGGUGCCAGACUAGCCUGCCAUGGCAGACCAGAGACAGCGCUCACUCUCUACCUCUGGGGAAUCCCUGUACCACGUUCUGGGGCUGGACAAGAAUGCAACCUCGGAUGACAUUAAGAAGUCCUACCGGAAGCUGGCCUUGAAAUAUCACCCUGACAAGAACCCAGAUAACCCAGAGGCCGCAGACAAGUUCAAGGAGAUCAACAACGCCCACGCCACCCUGACGGACGCCACGAGGAGAAACAUCUACGACAAGUACGGCUCGCUGGGGCUCUACGUGGCCGAGCAGUUUGGGGAGGAGAACGUGAACACCUACUUCGUGCUCUCCAGCUGGUGGGCCAAGGCCCUGUUCGUGUUCUGCGGGCUCCUCACCUGCUGCUACUGCUGCUGCUGCCUCUGCUGCUGCUUCAACUGCUGCUGCGGGAAGUGCAAGCCCAAGGCGCCCGAGGGCGAGGAGACCGAGUUCUACGUGUCCCCCGAGGACCUGGAAGCGCAGCUGCAGUCCGACGAGAGGGAGGCCGCAGACACGCCGAUCGUCAUCCAGCCGGCGUCUGCCACGGAGACCACCCAGCUCACAGCCGACUCCCACCCCAGCUAUCACACCGAUGGGUUCAACUAAAUUCAGGAGAAGCUGUGAUUCGAGGGUCAGUCAGCACCCAGCCGCUCGACCUUAGAAUCAUGGACUGUAGUCCCAGAGAGGGGGCGGGAGCCGCCCUGGCCCCGGGAGCGCAGCGCCAGCCCGCCUCUGUGCCCGCCCGCCCGCCGAUCCCUGACACACGAAGUGCGUAGCAUGCAGUAUUUAAAGCAGUUUAGCUACGGUCUUCUUCUUCUGUUGUUUCCUUUUUUAAUAGCAUGUACGGGGUUACGUUCCAUGUCUGUCUGUGUUGUGAGCGUGUUGCAGCCAGGCCGCAUUCCCCGGACGUGGGGCCGCCUCAGGGCUCUCGGGCAGGUCGACGCAGUGGUUGGACGGCCUGUGUGGUCCCUCACGGUCAGGCGGGCUCGGGCGGGACGGGCGCUCCGUUCCCCGUGCCCAUGGGGGCCUGAGGCAGGUGCUGCCUGGCUGGAGCCGUGGGGUCUGCUCCCUGCCCCGUGCCUGCCUACGAUGUGGCCACAGGCAGGGCCUCUGGACUCACCUGCCAGGAAGGAGCUGGGCCCCCUCUCCCAGCGCCGGGGUGUUUCUGUGGCGUUCGUCCCGAGGACAGUCUGUGCGGGACCCGUUCCCCCCGUCUGCUCAGCCUCGUGGCAGUUGUUCCCCAUGUCUGUGAGGCCCCCGCACUUCGAACGUGCUCCCUCCCGGGGUGGGGACGCUCCCACACGUCCCCAGGCCAUGAGCUGGAUGGAAGGGGCGCCUCCCGCGGCCUCCACUCUCCCCUUCCCUGCAUCUCCCUCCACAUUCCUUCAGGCCCUCCUGGCCUCUUGCUAAUGCUUUUUUGAACCUCUAAGAACCACAGAUGGCAGCAGCGGCCCAAUUAGUGGUGGUCAGGGGGGCUGAGGGUCCCGGCUGCCGGUGGCAAGUGGGCUGCACAGCCCUCCCCUCUGUGCUUCCCAGAGCCCUCACCCACCCGCUUUCCUCCGACUGCUCCCUUUGGCCGUCGUUGAUGGUUUGGGCAGAGCUAGAGACAUCGGGCUCAUGGAGAAAGGACCAGCUGGACCAAAGGCACACUCUGGGCAGAGGGUUGGGUCCCCAAGUGGCCCUGGUGCCCUUGGGCUCGUUAGCCCGCAGCCAGACCACGGAAGCCCCGCGCACGUCUGUCCGUGCACCGUCUGUGGGCUGUUGGAAGCCAGUCUGUCUUGUCCGCGUCCAGAUCUGUGGUGGCCCCUGCUCUGAGGACUUGGAGACGUGGUUGUGCUGGGCCCGUGUCAGACCAGCACCUGCCCCGGGACCUGCGUGGCCCAAGUGGGUCUGGUUUCCCAUCGUGCACCUCGCGACCGCUGGGCUCCUCCGGAACGUCCAGUAGGGAAGGCCGUGGGGCAGAGGGCUGCAGGCAAGGAGGCCAGACGCACCAGGACACCUUCCCGAGCCACUGAUUACCCCCGCCCCGCCCCGCCCCGCCCCCGCCCAGGCCCCAGCUUGCCUGCUGCCCUCGCGGUGCUGUGUGGGGUGAGCAGCCGGCUCUGCAGGCACCAGGUCCGUGGGCACGUGUGGGUUCCAUCUUGUUUGGGGUUUUGCCCUUGAAAACAAUCACGAAGAUGUUCAGCAAGAGGGGAGAUCUGCGCUGAUGUUAAAUGAGAAAUAAUCUGCUGAAAUCCGACCUCUCAAAAGGACAAGAAAUCCAUUGUUUGACCUACCCUGGAACAGGGAGGAGGCCAGACACUAGGACAGUCUUAGGUGCCAAUUCCAGGCCAGCAAGAAUUCAGCCUGAGAGCAGGCCCUAGUCGGCCUUCCUGGCGUUUCUGGAAAUGACUUAGGAAGUGAGUUGUCUUUCCCUGGAGUGGCCAAGCACGAAGUUCAGAGGUGGGGCUUCAGGUGGGCAGCCGCCCCUCCCACCGGGACUGUGUCACUGCUUCGCGGGCAGAAAACUCCGAGGCCCAUCACGCAGGUCAGGGCGAGUCCCUGCCAGGUGUCUUUUGGUUCCCGAAUCUUACUGAUCGUCCGCUAGAAACGUGAUGCUCCCCUGGAGGCCAGAGGGGCAGGUCCGGAAGUUUGUUGAACCCAGUCUCCUGUAGAAUUUGUAAAAACUAAAUAAAUCGUGACGGUGGUGACAACAAUCCUCGAGGCGGUGCUGAUGACUCCAUGAGAGCUGGGUACCCCAGGGGCCAGGCGCAGGGUCUGGACCACGCCCCCCCCCUCCCCUGACCCCGACCCCAACCCCGAAGCACGUCCACUUUGUUGAUUUGGAGGCAGAAGCCCUUUCAAAGUCUUCCCUGUCUGUGCUUUCAGGCCCUUCCCCUGACUGAAGACCUAGAUCCCUGGUUGCAUUUCCCUUUUCUUUGUGUGGCCCACCUGCUUCCCUGGUGAGCAGGGUGUUGUGUCUGGAGGGCCCCCGUUCGUGUGCUCGGAGGGGACACCCUCUCUGCCUGCUGUGGUGGGAACAGGAGCGCCUCGGCCCUCGCUCCAGGGCCGCCGAGGCCAGUGCUGGGUGCCCUGAGGCUAUGGCAGCACUGCCCGCCUGUGGCCUGCAGGGAGCAUGGAGAGGCCACAGGGUGCAGACGGGAGCUGCCGGCCCGUAGGUUUCUGCUUUUGCUUGGUGACGUGGUCUCUUGUCUUUUCCGGGCGUUUUUCUGUUUUCAAACUGCUGUAGAUGUUACCGGUCGUGCGUGAGCUUUCCUACUUCUCUGAUGAGUCGAGCAGCCAGCACCGCUGGGGCCCCUUAGGCGUGCUGUGUCCACAGGGCUCCUGCUCGGGGAGGGGCCCUGCCAGGACCAUCUGGUGUAUUCUGACCUCGGGCGGUCUGUUCCAGGGGAGCUUGUGCAGUGCCCACCGGGGAGACGGGCAGCCUCCGUGGCCCCUGGUGUGAGACCACCUGUGAGGGGGGUGGGCACCGGCUCGUGGGCUCUCCCUGGAGGGGCCAGGCUCUGCGGGGGCAGAGCCCAGGGGCCCCGUCCAUUCUUCCCUGGCUCUCAGCACAUCCCGCCAGGGGGACAGCGCGGGGUGGGGGGGGGGGGGUGAGGGGCGUGAAAAAGUGACUGAUCUCAUUCCUUUCCCAGCGUUCUGAGCUGUGAGCCCGUGUGACACAGGACUCACCUGUUUUGCUGUUUUGGUUGUGACUCCUUCUCCUGUGGAAUUUGGCAAAAGCAGCAUUUUUACUGUCCUUUCAAGCACGGUUGGCGUUGUCUCUGCUGUAGGUGUGGGCAGUGUGUGUACAUAUGUGUAUAUGUAUAUAUCACCCAGCGGCGUGACUGCCGCCGUCCGGGGCAAAGCGACAGUACAAUAAAAGCGGGCUCCAAAACAGCCUCUGGUUUCUUGACGAGUCGGGGCAGGAGCAGGGGGUCUGGGCGAGCUCCUCUGCCAGGUGCACAGAAGGAAACACCGGCCCUGUUGUGUCCCUGGAAUCAGUGUGGACGGCAGGCCGGGCGCCCGAGCGCUGCGGGUGUCGGCUCCUCCAGGGUAGGGUGCAGGGCUGCCAAGGUCACACCCAUACCUGGGGGCUCACCUGACCCAGAGUUGAGUGGCUGGAAACCCCUCCCUCCCCUGAAACAUUAAAACCAAUUUUCUAAGCAUCAGAUACAAUCAGUGACAAAGCCACAUUCAAAGGGGUCUCUGUUCUGACCCCAGAUCCACCCUGGAGGGUCCCCGGGGCAGGAAGCGGCUGGGCCUGGGGUCCUGUGGGCAGCAGCUUUUGGUGAUUUUGUCUCCCUGGAAUUAAGGGUGUUUCAGGGUGGGCGAGGGGAGCAGUUUACACUGAAACACGUAUGCGUCAUGGUUAGAAGCUAAACGCAGGCGCGUGGACCACGAUCGUCCGUGUGCUGCUGUGUCCUGCUGCUGGGACCGGCCUCUGCCCUGAGCCCACGCACACACCUGGGGCGGGGCUGGAGGGUCACGGUGGUUCCCCAUGGUGAUGGUCUCUUACGUCUGAAUGUUGACCUAUAAUAAAGAUAACUUGUAAAAAAUAAAUGUUUUCACUGCA